UUGAACCGUCAACGCUGAACGAACGAACGACAGCGAAUAUUUUUGAGGCCCCGCCUAUACGCUCGCGUAAUUUAUUAUUUUAGUUGAUUUCCGCGAUGAUACUGUUAUAAAAGUCUCUUUAGAUAAACGAGUCAGGAGAUUUGGAAACAUGAGUACAGUGCGACUGAUAUGUUUCGUUGCGGCCGUAACGCAAGCCGCGGCGUUGUUGACCUCCCCACCGAAGAUGGUGAAGCAACCGACACAAGAAGAGCUGCUGUUCCAAGUGGCGCAGCAGGGAGAGGUGGAUAAACCCUUCAUCAUCGAGUGCGAAGCUGAAGGAGAACCCGCUCCAAAGUACAGAUGGAUCAAGAACGGAAAGCCCUUCGAAUACACCAGCUACGACAAUCGGAUCUCGCAACAGCCGGGGCGGGGUACGCUCGUGGUCAGCCAGCCUAGGGACGAGGAUCUCGGCCAGUACCAAUGCUUCGCCGAGAACGAAUGGGGUACCGCCACCUCGAACUCGGUGUUUGUACGAAGAGCAGAGCUGAACUCCUUCAAGGAAACCGACGGGCCUCAGACCAUGAUCACGGCUGAUGAGGGCAAGCCGUUCAAGCUGACAUGUGAGCCCCCAGAUGGCCAUCCCAGCCCGAAAGUGUACUGGAUGUUGCAAGGCGAACAAGGGCAGCUGAAGACGAUCAACAACUCCCGUAUGACCUUAGACCCUGAAGGAAACUUGUGGUUCUCGAACGUGACUCGAUUUGAUGCAAGCGAAGACUACGCGUAUACAUGUGCGGCGAAGUCUCUCUUUAGGAACGAGUAUAAAUUAGGAAACAAGGUGUAUCUUCAAGUGAAGCCUACUGGCAUAUCUCCAGCGCUAAACAAGCACGAACCAGUUCGCCAGUACACCACCCGUCGAGUUGAGAAGGGUCUCAAAGGGAAGCGGGUGGAGCUCUACUGUAUUUACGGUGGAACGCCGCUACCUCAGAUAGUUUGGAAGAAGAACGGCAAAACGAUACUGUCGUCCCAAAGUAUCACGCAGGACAACUACGGCAAGACACUGGUGAUCAAGUACCCCGGCUACGAGGACCAGGGCACCUACACCUGCGAGGUCUCCAACGGCGUCGGCACCGCGCUCACAUACUCCAUCCAGCUAAACAUCGAGGCCGCCCCAUUCUUCACCGAAGAGCCCGAGUUCCAGAAUAAGGCAGAAGGCGAGACCGCCGUCAUCCGCUGCCAGGCCGGCGGGACCCCUGUCCCCCAGAUAUCCUGGGUGCACAACGGCAAGCCCAUCGAGCAGGCCGAGCCCAACCCCCGGCGGCAGGUCACCGCCGACUCUAUCAUCAUCACCGACCUGGUGAAGAAGGACACUGGAAACUACGGGUGUAACGCCACCAAUUCCAUCGGCUUCGUGUACAAGGAUGUCUACAUCAACGUACAAUCGAUCCCGCCGGAGAUCAAGGAAGGCCCCGAGAACCUGACCAAGGUGGACGGCUCUGAAGCCGUGUUGAAGUGCCGGGUGUUUGGUGCCCCCAAGCCUAUUGUACGCUGGAUGAGAGACGAAGUGGACCUUACUGGCGGAAAAUACAACAUCACCCCUGAUGGUGACCUGGUGAUCCGCGACGUGUCGUUCACGGAUGUAGGAACAUACCAGUGUUACGCGAAGAAUAAGUUUGGAGAGAAGUCUGCCUUUGGAUCUUUGACUGUUAAGAAGCACACCGUCAUCACCGACAAGCCCGAAAACUACGAGGUAGCAGCGGGCUCAGCGGCGACUUUCCGUUGCAACGCCAACGCCGACGAUUCUCUCAAGUUAGAAAUCGUCUGGCUCAUCGACGGGCAGCCGAUAGACUUCGAGAGCCAGCCGCGGUACCGCAUGACCAACGACUAUUCGCUGCUUAUAUCUGAUACUACGGAGCUGGAUUCCGGAGAAUAUACGUGUAUAGCGCGUACCGCGUUUGAUGAAGCGAGCGCUCAAGCUACGCUUAUUGUGCAAGACAAGCCGAACCCGCCCGCGCUAGAAGGCAUCGAGUGCCACGAAAAAGUAGCCAACCUCCGCUGGAAGCCCAAAGGCGACAACCGGGCUCCCAUCCUGCGCUACAGCAUCCAGUAUAACACCAGCUUCACGCCCGACUCGUGGGACGCGGCCAGUGACAAUGUGCCCGCCAUCGACUCGCUGUGGACCGUCGAGCUCAGCCCCUGGGCCAACUACACUUUCAGAGUGAUCGCAUGGAACAAGAUCGGGCCGUCGGCGCCUUCGCCACACUCGGAGGUGUGCACGACGCAGCCCGACGUGCCCUACAAGAACCCCGACAACGUGGAGGGAAAGGGCACCGACCCCACUAACAUGGUCAUCUCUUGGUCGAAAAUGCCUCAAAUCGAGCACAAUGGUCCUGGAUUCUACUACUUAGUGUCAUGGCGACGCAACAUCACUGGACAGCAAUGGGAAGAGCAGCAGAUUCGUGACUGGCAGCAGACAGAACACAUUGUCCACAACACACCUACUUUCCAACCCUACAAGAUCAAGGUAAUCGCCGUCAACUCGAAAGGAACAUCAAACGUCACCCCAGUCGAAGUCAUCGGGUGGUCAGGCGAAGAUGUGCCUCUUCAGGCACCCUCAAACUUCACCCUCGUCCAAGUGACCACCGGUACCACCGCUCUCCUGAGCUGGAAUUCGGUCGCCCCAGAAACCGUCCGAGGACAUUUCAAGGGUUACAAGAUUCAGACUUGGACCGACGGCGAGGAGGACCGUCAGAAGGAGAUCUUGGUCAAAGCUGACGCGACAAACACUCUAGUCACCAAGUUCAAACCGUACAAGAAGAACAACGCGAGGAUCCUCGUCUACAACGGCAGAUACAACGGCCCGCCCAGUGACGUCCUCAGCUUCGUGACUCCCGAGGGAAAACCCGGCACCGUCAAGUCCUUCGAGGCCUACCCGAUCGGCUCCUCGGCCAUGCUGCUAAAGUGGGACAAACCCGUCGACGAGAACGGCGUCCUCACCAGCUACAAAAUCUCCUACCAGAAGGUCACCGGCACCGCGCUGGGCCCGCUCCAGGAGAGGAAGAAGGAGAUCGACCCGAGCUUCGACCGCGCGAAGUUGGCCGGACUGGAACCGAAUACGAAGUAUCGGAUCGAGAUCCGAGCGAAGACCAAAGCGGGGGAAGGGGAUAAAUACUUCGUCGAGCAGACUACUAAAGGGGUAGUGAACGCGGUGCCCGAUGUUCCUCUGUUCACGACUUCGACGCUACCGGCUAAGGAGGGCACGGCUCACAUUCUAGUGCGCUGGCUGCCGUCUCUCGACGGGCAUGCAGGGACGCACUUCGUGGUGUGGUACCGACUGCAAGGCCGGCCGGAGUGGCUGCGCACCAAUGACGUCACGGACGACGACUACGUCAUCCUCACGGGGCUGGAGCCCGGCCAGCUGUACGAGGUCAAGAUCACGGCGCACGACGGCGAGUACUUCAGCACCAGCGAGAUACAGGACGUGGACACUACCAUCGAUGGCCCGGUGAUGGUGCGCGACGACAAGAUGGCGACGGCCGGCUGGUUCAUCGGCGUCAUGCUGGCGCUGGCCUUCUUAUUGCUUGUGCUUGUGCUGGUGUGUGUGGCACGACGCAACCGCGGCGGCAAGUACGACGUGCACGACCGCGAGCUAGCGCACGGACGACGCGACUACGCCGAGGGCGGCUUCCACGAGUACACGCACCCCCUUGACAACAAGUCGCGACACUCGAUGAGCAGCGGCACCAAGCCCGGGCCCGAGAGCGAUACCGACUCCAUGGCUGAGUAUGGCGAAGGAGAAACAGCGGGCAUGAACGAAGACGGCUCGUUCAUCGGCCAGUACGGGCGCAAGCGGCGGCCGCCGCCCGGUCGCUUCACGGAAGACGGUUCGUUCAUCGGGCAGUACGUGCCGGGCGCGCGCGUGCUUCCGCCGCCUCCGCCGCCCGCGCCCGCGCCGCCCGGCGCUCAACCACCCACCUACGUGUAAACCAGUAGCCACGCCCACAUCACACACAGACAGAACAAUGCCAAAAUGACGCCUUGGCCGCUCCAACUAUACGGACCUCAGCUCCGAUGUAAACUAUUCCUAAGGUAGGACCGUAAAGUUGUUAUUCCUUCGGAAUAGAGCAACCACGAGCUAAACGAAACCGAUUAUUGAUGACACUGGAUGUCAUCUGUGUUUCAGUUGUCAGGAUUAUUACAACGUUUUGUACAGUAAUUCAAUCACGCAGUCACCACGUUUCUGAAGCAUUAUUUCUCAGAAACAUCCACGAUUUCAGUCACGUAAAAGCUGGAAAUAUCUCCGCAAAUUUUCAGCGUGCCAAUAAGUGCUAACGAACUGUCAAAUAGUUGCAAAAAAUGGUUCCGUUUGACGUGAAGGCGACGGCAUCACGCAUCUCUUUUUAUCACACAGUGUUGCUGCUAGUGACAUCUCGCUCACAGUUCUUUGUUGCUCUAUUCCGCUAGGUAUAUUAAUUUUAUGGGUAGGACCACCGAUAUACAGGUCCCGUAGUGUAGAUUGUAGAUAGAGCGUACUGCGAUGUGUGGUAGACAGUUGAAAUGCUACUGUAUUAUAAACGUGUUCGGGGGCUGUCUACAUAGUGGUAAACAUUUCGUCGAUUUCAUGUCAAAAUUAUUUUCAAUACUGUAAUUGAUGUUUUAAUACAAUGCUACAUAAUGUUAGCGAUAAUAUCAGAUUGAACCUUUGUGUUAUACAUUUAGAAAUGACCACAUGUAUACAAUCCCUAUCAUUAGGCGUGAUGUUAACGCGUAACGGGUCCAGGCGACUGCGUCAAUCAAUGUCAAAAACUUCGUCUCGUCGCGUCGUCCGCUCAGUGGCAGCUACGAUUAUGUUCUUUCGACUAAUCGAUUGUAACCGACGCUCGAUUUGCAUAUCUAUGUAUCCGUUUUUAAUGUCUGCACUGCAUUGUUCAGGCCUACUUCUGACAUCGAGUGUUUCGGAUUGUGAACAUCGGUUAUCGAAUAAUUUAAGUUUAGUUUGACAUGAAUUUAAUUCAACUUUAUGAGCCAAUGUAACAAUUUCCAUCUCCUUUCCUCUAUUCCGAUUUGUUGUAAGAGUAAAAGAGAUGACUAAUACUUGGCUCUCCGAAACGACGAGACGAAUCACAUCAUGCAAAUUACUGCCACUAGUCUUCAUUUCUCUUAUGAAUACAGCACUGAUGUCUGGUAUGUAAACGACAGUUUUGGACACUUUAUUUAGUUAAAUUUAUUAGUAGGGCCAAGUUAGGAUAAGCUGAAAUCAGAGCCUACUAUUCUGUUAGUUUGGCCCUUGAAUGUAGUGUCAGUAGUGAAGGCUAUUCAAAUAUAUAGAUUUUUAUAUUGUUCAUUAUGUACGGUUAUUGUCAGUCUGUGUAUCGACUCAUCCAAAUGUUGGAUCAAAUUAUAACCAAUUCAGUGUCAUGUUGGUCCAACAUUUGGAUAGUCAAGCGACGUGAUCACUUUCUAAUAUUGCGCUGGCACAGUUGAAUGUGGUCAAGUUUUCAUCAGUAUCUACAAAAAGGAAAAUAGGUUCUUUUCUUUAUGAGACUGAUUUUAAGUAAUGAAGUAAAAUAGUCAUCAUAACCUGACACUGUCUGGUACUGGAAAACCGAUUGUUAUGAUCAUAUUUUGUUUUAAUAUUUCACUGUCUGUGAAAUAAAUAUUUUCACGGGUAAUUUACUUUUGAACACCUAUAAAGACUUGGUUGUUUUAUGAAGCAAUCGGAGUUUCAGUAGCGGAGCACCCAUCUCAGCGGCUUGAAUAGGAUGUACGUAGGCGAUGUUUUGGCUCGAUAUCAAUUACUUGUAAAUUAAGGAUACGGUAGUUGGUGAAGAUUUGAAAUUAAGAAAAGCUAUUUUUGUCACAGAAAAUAGGUAAUGGAUAAAAUUAUUAGCUCUGGAUGCCGGUGGUCAGACUGAAGUGAGCUCUUAGCGGCGGGAGUAACGGCAGAAAUGCUUCAAAUCGACAACGGUCACGUUGUAUUGUAACUAUUUGGUUAAAUGUUGCAUCUAUAUAACAUUGUCUGAUAUAUGUAUACUAUAUAGAAUUCCUCUAUCGCAUUAUUUUUCUAUGCUAUUCACAUCUAUUUACACUUAGAUCACAAAUUGUCUGUGGACCAUCGAGAAAAAGUAUUUUGUGAAAAUAAAAAUAUGACUGUUCAGUAGCGUCGUUAGAGACAAAAUAUUUUAAAUUUUGAACUAUUUAACUUCCAGAUGUAUCUAUAUUUUUAAACGGACAAAGCUUAUUCGAUUCCUAAUACUUGAAAACUUGUAACUUUCUGGGAGUAGAUGCAUAUUUUUCCAUACAUCAAGUGUGUCAAGACGAGCGAAUUGUAUUAGGAUAUAUUUUUGUACGGCGCAGUGUGACCACCGGCUGAUGUUGGUGCUUCGCGGGGGAUAGCGCGGUGAUGGAAUCGAUGUUGUGAUCUGGUACGUAAGGAUGUCACCACUGCCCGCCACUCGACGCCGGCAUAAUCUUUGCAGCUACAUAAUCAGGAAUCUCAUUGUCUUCUCUAGUUAUCUUUAUUCUAUGACAGAAGUUAAUCUCAAUUUUAAAUAAGUCGAAUCUCGGUUAUGCCGCGCCGUUUGGCAGGUCGAUCAGAAAUCUCUGGCUGCUAAAAUAUGAUAUUAGAUUGUAAUAAUAUUAAAUCGAAUCUCAAGAAUUAGAAAUACAUUUACCAAGGUCGUAUAAAGUGUACAACCAUUGAUAGCUAUUUAAACUUUUCUCCAACUGACGAAUUGUACGGGUUAUUUAACUUCCACCCCCAUUCGAACGUGUUUCGUCAGUGAGGUGUCUCUCUUGCGUAGUAGGGUAAGAUUUCUAAAGCUUUUUGUAUUUAACAUUUAUGAAGUUUGUUCGCACCACUCACAUUAACAAGUUAUCCCAAGUUGAUGUUUCUCAUUUUGGACGAUUACGGAGUGGAGAGGGCUGAUGCGAUUUUUAAAUCAGUUGUAGCCCUUCGCAAAAAUUAUAUUUACUAGUUUUGAAACUUUUUCAAAAAUGUAUCGACGGUCAGCUCCACCCCGUAUGAAGAUGAUAUCUCAAAUUGUAUCUCGUGUUUAGAUUUAAGGCUAGGGUCUCGUGUUAACUAAUGUUAGUCGGCUAACGCGUUCGCUUGUCGCAUCUAUACUGUAACAUGUAUUCGUUCUUUGCUUUACGUAACAUCGUUGUACCGGUCCGUGAGGUACACUGCGAGACAUUUAAGUGCACGACAACAUGUUGCGUCGUCGGCCGGGCCACCUCCACAGAGUACGUGCUUAAAUAAGUCGGACGGUGUACUUUAUAAAUUUUAUUUGUGCAUAUUCUUUCUUCGCCUGAAAGGUGUCGGGUCCUAAGUAAUACAUUCCACGCGGUUUAACCAUGUUGAUUUGUUUAGAGUUCUCUUUAUUUAUCGAGUUUCUCAUUGUACGCGACGGUCAGAUGUAAUCUGAACAAUGUUUUUAAAACUAAAGACUGCCGUUUACGAUAGAAACCACAAAGUAACUUAUUUAUUUUUAUUUCAUAACUAUAAUUAUCUAUUAUUGUAUUUAUUCCCUUCGGAUCUAAUCUAUUGUAUAGUUUCUCGAUCGUAACGUGUUUAUGGCAAGAUUUUGAUCGUUCUGAUUUAGAGCUUACACUGUAACCAUUGGUACCUUAUACAUUGCAUUAUAUUUAUAUUUGAAGGCACUGUUAUCGUAACCCCUUUAAGUUAUUUGUUAAGGAAUCUUUAUCAUGUCUAUUGUCUAGUAAGAAUUUAAUAUAUAUUAAUAUUAAUUAAUUAAUAGUAGGAGAGCCUUGUUCGAUUCGCGUCUGUUUUUUGUCGCUUUUUACCCGCUGUUGAAACUCUGUCUCGGACGUUUGUUAGUUCUCGGUGUAACACUUUGAUGACGUUAAAUUGUUGAAUAUGUCCUCACCAAAAUUACGGUGAUUUAUGUCACUGCCUUCCCUUUGAAAUUCUUAGAAUUCACAUGUGUUCAUUUACUUUGUAACAUGUAAUGACUACAAUCGUAACUUGCCUUAUGUAAAUGUAUAUUCGUACUGUUUCAUUAUUUUAACGAGAGUCACAUCCUAGACCGAAGUAUGUUCUCGCGAGCACAAUGUUUGCAUUUACGUAGUGUCGCUGUCACAAUUAUGUAUUUAUGUAUGUAAUAAUAUGAUCAUGCAACUGUAAUAAAUAUAUUUCGCUCAUUUAUUACUGAAAGACAAGCGUAGUUAAGCGGAUUUGUGCGGUGUGAUCAUUACAAAUAUCUGUACGGUUAUUUUGUCCCGACGUGAUAGAACUACAAAUUGUACGUAGCCGUACGAAAGGUUGAACGACAGAAGGCAAUAGAUUCAAGUUGUUACGAUAUAGUAUUUCAUGAAAGCAAGUAGAUAAUUGUUGUAUGGUACAAUCAGUGUUGUUUAUAGAUUAAUGAUGACAAAUACAGAUGCUUAACUUUUGUAAGUCAUGUCGAAGUCAGCGUCGAAGUAAUCCCGUAUCAUUGUUUCGUCUUCCUUGCCUUGUUUCCUGUUAUAUUUGCACUGUAUUUUAUAUUUACAUCUGGUUUACACUUAUCCCCUUCAUUUACCACCUAUUGACUAUGGCUUUAAUAUGGUUAAGUACUAGAACUACUUCAAACAACAUCACAAAAUCAAAAUGUUAACUCGGAUAGUGUGUACCAUUGGCGCCCAUUGUAAAAUUUUCUUUGGUCGAUAAAAAUCAAGGCACGUACAAAAUUUCAGCAUCUGUAUUCCUGAACGAUAAAUGCUAAGCAAGC